CCCGCCGCCGCCCGCCCACUCGAGCGAAGAUCUUCUUCCUCUCCUCUCGCUCAUCCGGAAUGCAUAUCUUUGUCAAGAACCCCACCGGCAGGACAAUCCGCCUCAAGGUCCACUCAUCAGACACCCUAUACACCAUCAAGGCAAAGAUCCAGCAGCAGUACCACCUCGUCUUUGAUGGGUUGCAGCUAGAAGACAACCGUACAUUGGCCGAUUAUGGCAUCGAGCACGACUCUACGAUUGACCUCCAGGAAAAGAUGCAAAUCUUCGUGACGGAGACGCUGUCAGGCAGGACCAUCGCCCUCGAGGUCGACAGCCUAGACACUAUCGGCAACGUGAAGUCCAAGAUCCAGGACAUGGAGGGCUUUCCCAAGGGCCAGCAGUGCCUCAUCUUCGCCAGCAAACAGCUGGAGGACGACAACCGCACCUUGGCUGACCACAACAUCUGGAAGGAGUCCACCCUCCUCCUUGUCCUCCGCCCGUGUAGGCCAGGAGAAAGUAGGAUGAUGCACCUCUUUGUCAGGACCCUGGAUGGGAGGACCCUCGACCUUGACGUCAGGAGCUCGGACACCAUCAACAGUGUCAAGGUGAAGAUCUACGAGAAGGAUGGCUAUCCCCCUAUACAGCAGCGCAUCAUCUUUGCUAGCAGGCAGCUGGAGGAUGGCCGCACCCUGGCGGACUACAAGAUUCAGAGCGAGUCUACCGUUGAUCUGGUGCUCCGUCUUUGUGGUUGCUGAGCUGGAUGGCCUGCCAUUCAACAACUAGUUUUAUUCUGCAGGAGCCUUCCUUCCAGUAGUGGUGCGUUUAUCAGUAAACUAUCAUUCUAGUAUUGUACGGUAGUAUAUAUAUAUAUAUCCUCCGGUAUUGUUCCUUCACAGUAGAAGUGUGGAGUGUUAUCAGCAAAACUACGUACUAGCAGUAUCAUUUAGCAGUUUGUUAGAGUUUGUUAGUGUGUUGAGUCUGUUUAUCCAUCUAUCAUGCCGAACUACUAUUAAGAGUCCCUGGAUCUGUAUUGUCAUUAGUUGAUUGAGAAUACAGUCUGUAUGCAGUUUGACCGACAAAUAGCUUCCUUUCUUUUCUCA